AUGCGAGCAAACCCAAGGUCUAAUUUAAGGUUUGAUGGUGGUAAUGUAUUUUCUGUUGUCAAAGAAAUUAUGGCAUAUAAAAUUAAGUCAACUGUUGUUAAAUUCUUUGAAGAUACAUCAAGAAAAUUAUUAGCUUUGAAUCAGAUUGCUCCUGCACGUAUUUUUCAAGAUAAAGCUAAUUUUUUUAAACGACAAUGUAUUACAAAUGGAAAGACAAUGCCGUCAAAAAAAUUAAUUGUGGCUAAUAAUAAAAAGCCAUUUAGUGAAUAUUCGUCACCGUCGACAUUAGAAAUUGUUCUUGAUGAUCAAUUUGACAGUGAUUCCUUUGAUGAAGACUCAAAUAGUCAAAUCAGACAUCGAAAAUCUGCUGCAAUAGAUGAUGAACACGUGACACGUCGACAAUCCAAAGACAGUACAGUGAAGAAUUCAAAAUCUCAUCGAUUAAUUGAAAAACGACGUCGUGAUCGAAUGAAUCUUAGCCUUGAUGUUUUAUUAAAUUUAAUACCUCAUAAAAAACCUGAAAAUCAGCGUCGUAUUGAAAAAACUGAAAUUGUUGAAAUGGCAACUAAAUAUAUUCGUUGUUUAAUAUCAUCUAAUAAAAAAUCAUUUGAACCAUUUAGUUUUGAUAAAAAAUCAAAUUCAAAACUUGAUGCAUAUCGUUCAGGAUAUUACAAUGGACUUUGUGAUAUAUAUGAAUAUAUAGAACAAUAUACAAAUGAUAAACAACUUCUUAAUAAUACAUUUCAAUAUAUCAACGAAAAAGAAAUUGAAUUAAAAGAUUUAAUCGUUAUACGUAAUAAAAAAGACAAUUUAAAACAACAAAUAUCAUCAUCAAUAAAUUGUGAUAAAAUGAAUUCAAAUGAUAAUCUUUUUUCUAUAUCUGACAUUAGUAAAUCACAAGAAGAUGAUCAUAUUUGUCAAACUUCGAUAGAUAAACAAAAUAAUUCAAUACAACAAUCAAAAGUACCAAUAUUUGUUUUACAUCCAUCUGGUACACAUUAUAUUCCAAUGUGUAUUGAUUCAUCAAUUGUUUUAAAUGCAUUUAAUAAUAUAUCUAAUCUAUCUCAAACGUCAUCAAUAAAUGAACAACUUCAGUGUCAUCCGGUGUCAAUUCCUGUUAAUUUUAAUCCAAUGUCAGCUUUAUCAGAUCAAUAUGAACUUGAUAUUCAAAAUAUAAAUGUUAUCGGUAGUAGGCAUCAAACAAGUGUAAAACCUAGUUGA